UCUGGCACCCUCAGUGCCCUCCCCCACCACACACUAAGCGGGGAGCCGGACCCCGGGGAGGGGAGGGAGGACGUUGCCUGUGCAAUCCAGGAAGGGAGGGUAUGUGAAAAGCUACCGGGAACUGUGUGAAACCAAACCAGCCUCAUCUGACAAAGCGCAGGACCCCUCACUGCCCCGACUGCUUGCUGGUCUCUCUUUCUUGAUCUCUGAGGACCCAGGAGUCUGGGUGCACAGCCUCCUUCUCUCUGAGAUUCAAGGGUCUGAUCAGCAGCCUCUUCUUCCGCCAGGACCCAGAAGCCCUGAGCUUACCCCCAUGGAGCCCUGCCGGUCCCUGGCCCUGCUUGUGGGCUUCCUGGGCCUGAUGUUCUGCCUGAUUGCUUUGAGCACCGAUUUCUGGUUUGAGGCUGUGGGUCCCACCCACUCAGCUCACUCGGGCCUCUGGCCAACAGGGCAUGGGGACAUCAUAGCAGGCCACGGCCCCCUUGUCUCAACCACCGCAGCCUUUGCUGCAGGUAAGGACUCUGGACUGGACUGGGGCAUCGGCAGCCAGCGAAUUCCUGCCGAGGGGCUGAGCUAUCUCUCUUGUCCUUGUCCCCAGCCCUCUCCAUGGCAGUGGCCAUGGCGGUGUACACCAGCGAGCGGUGGGACCAGCUUCCAGACCCCCAGACCCAGAUGUUCUUCUCCUGGUCCUUCUACCUGGGCUGGGUCUCAGCUAUCCUCUUACUCUGCACAGGUGCCCUGAGCCUGGGUGCUCACUGUGGCGGUCCCCGUCCUGGCUAUGAGACCUUGUGAGCAGAAGGCAAGAGUGGCAAGAUGAGUUUUGAGCAUUGUAUUCCAAAGGCCUUAUCUGGAGCCUCAGGAAAGUGUGGUCCUACAUCCGCCCCACCCUUCCAGCCCUUCCCCAGCCCCUCCUCUUGUUUCUUCAUUCAUUCAACAAAAUUUGGCUGGAA